UUAACAACAUCAUCGUCAUCAUCCCACUCACAUCACCGCCGGUAUCAACAUCCGUGCGCACAGCUAUGGACGCAUCUUGAGGAGGAGGAGGAAGAAGGGAGACGACGAGGUGAGAGGAGGUGGAUGUGGAUGAGAAGGCAUUGCUAGCCGGCAGCGCGGAAUAAUCCCAAGGCGGAACUCAAAGUUCUCCCCGAUCUCGUCAGCUCGGAAUCUCAGGAGCUCACCCCAGGACCCACCUCACCGCCCGGAACCUCGGGAGCUCCGCCGGCGAUGGGCGACCAGGUAGACCUGGCGACCCUCUUCCGGAAGUGCGACGUGCGCGGCACGGGCCGCCUCGAGUACGAGGACUUCAAGCGCCUGUGCCGGGACCUCGGCGUCGAGUCGCACGAGGUGCCCGCGCUCUUCCAGUCUCUCGACAGCGACCGCGACGGCGCCAUCAGCUACGGCGACUUCGAGGACGGCUUCAGGAACGUGUCCGAGGGCUCGGACGAGACCGGCCGCGCGGCGUCGCUCCGGCGGCUAUCGUCCGUGUCCUACUCCAACUUCUCCACGACUUCCUCCACGUCCCCCUUCGCCUCGUCCCCCGCGGGGCGACUCGCGUCCCUGCCGCCGGUCGCCGCCUCGUCUCCCGUCAAGUCGCCGCUGCGUCGCAAGCGGUCGUGGCGGGAUUUCGAGGAUCAGUGCGGGGAGAAUGUCCGCUACCUGCCCAACUCGUGGGUCCACGCCUCGGAGCUGCACUCGCAGCUCUCCCAGGUGGGGGAUGAGAACCUGCAGCUGCUGUACGAGGGCGUCCUCUCCAACUUCCUCAGCGACAUCAAGCGCCGCGUCACCGACAACGAGGAUGUGAGCUACCAGCUCAAGCGGAUCCAGGAGCAGAGCGCAUUCCACCAGAACGAGAUGGAGGCCGAGAUGGAGGAGCGUGUGGCCACCACGGAGGCACGUGUCCGCAACGAGGAGAAGGCGAGGACGGAGGCGCUGAUCGCCGAGAUGCGGAGGAGGCACGACGGCGAGGUGACGGAGCUGCAGGCGGCACUCGAGAGGGUCAACGAGCUCCAGUCGGAUAAGAAGGCGGUGAACAAACACGAUGAGAUCAUCGAGCUGAAGAUGAAGAUCAACGAGAUGACGAUGGAGAACCAGCAGAUGAAGAGGAACCUCUUGGAGGCGCAGACGAACCUGACGGUGCUGCAGAGCGAGCUGGACACCGUGAAGACCGAGUCCACCUCCCAGCGGCUCAACCUGGAGAGGGAGCAGGCUCUGAUCCGGCAGCACGAGGAGGAGAGGCAGGAGCUGACGCGGCAGAUCGAUAUGCUCAGGUCAGCGCACCGCAAGAUGAACGACAGCAACGACGGUCUGCGGGCGGUGCUGGAGAACUCGAUGAGCCAAGCUCGCGCCAACGGAAGUCCCAGAUCUCAGAGCCCAUCGCCGGUGCCUGGCCCGCGCCACAGUUCGCCGCAGGUGACUCGGAAAGUCCCGGGGACCCCGGUUCGACUCCCGGUGCCGAGGAGGCACCCCCAGCAGCACUCCCCUUCUCACUACAGCGGCGACGAGGACGACUUCUCGGCGUCGUCUCUCUCCGACUCGGCGCUGGAGGAGGAGGGCAGUCCCAGCUGUGUUGACAGCGGCCUCUCCACCAUGCGGAGGACAGGCGAGGCCCCAUGGGGGGCGGCCCGCAGGCCGAGGGGCCAGGCGGCCGCCCUGCACCGCAACGGCUUCCGCGAGUCCGUGAGCUCUGAAGCGUCAGCCGUGGACAUACCGGACAUGGAGGACGAGGAGUCUGAGCGCAUGCUGCGAGGCGUGCGUGACGCACGCCCGCUCAGCCGCACCCCCUCCAACGCCUCCUCGCGCCGCACCAUCCGCGCCUUCGGCAAGGACAAGGACGCGCUGAGCGGCAGCGGUGGGUCGGGCCGCGUGGGCCGCGUCUACAAGAUCGUGCUGGCCGGAGACGCCUCCGUGGGGAAGUCGAGCUUCCUCAUGCGGCUCUGCAAGAACGAAUUUGACGGCAACACCUGCUCCACGCUCGGCGUCGACUUCCAGAUGAAGUCUCUGGUCGUGGACGGGGAGGAGACGACGCUGCAGCUGUGGGACACGGCCGGCCAGGAGCGGUUCCGCAGCAUCGCCAAGUCGUACUUCCGGCGUGCGCACGGCGUGCUGCUGCUCUACGACGUCACCUGCCACGAGAGCUUCAAGAACGUGCGCGAGUGGGUGGACAAUGUGCAGGAUGCCGUGGAGAGGAGCGUGCCCAUCAUGAUCGUGGGCAACAAGACGGACCUGAGGCCGAACGACGGGGCCCCUAACCGCACCUACGUCUCCACGAACCAGGGGGAGAUGCUCGCCAUGUCGUACAGAUCGUUGUUUUGCGAGACGAGUGCCAAGGACGGCGACAACGUGGUGGAGGCCGUGCUCCACCUGGCCAGGGACGUGCGUCGGUUUGCGGGCAAAGACCCGGACCAGAGUGUGACUGACUUGACGCAGCAGGGAAACAAGGAGAAGUCCAAGUGCUGUGAUUUCUAGCCGCUCUCACCUCCGCUCGCCUCCGUUCACCUCCGCUCGCUUCUGCUCACCUCCAGCUCACGUGGGAUGGAGAGCAAGCCGCCUGGCUGCGAUUCACCAACCCACGGAGACUCAGCACCAGCAACAACAACAUCAGCAUCAUCAGUAUCAUCAUCAGUAUGAUCAUCCUGAAUCAUCAUCUGGCCACGUGCCACUCUGGACGUAGCAGCUCGACUCGCGAUCGAGACCUGGCGGGGUUCCACCCAAGCCCAUCAUCAUCAUCAUCAUUGACCCCGCGGGGGUCAGUAAAAUGAGUAUAGAGUCACUUCCUCAUAAGUGAACAACGGUGGAUGCUCUUUGAAUGUAUCGGUUCCUAAAAUAAGAAUGUGGAAUGUCCACACACCCAACCGGCUUGGGUCCGCCAAUCGCGAUGUGCACCGUCUUCUCUCCGCUCGUUCUGGGCGAGAGGGCGGCACCGUCUUAACAUUUAAUUCUUCCUCUUGUUGUUGGUAUUAUUGUUGUGUUCCGUUUUAGAUCGAGAUGCAAGCGGCACUUGAUUCAGCACGUGGGUUCUAGUUGGUAUGUACUGUACAUGGACUCUCUAAGUGGCACGGUGACCGCUCUGUGUGUGUGCGUGCGUGGACCACAAAACCACCACGAGCUGGGUCUGUCCGGGUCCGUUACCCGGAUUGAUAUUCCCGUGCCCCGGCACACCACAUCCAGGAGAAUACUUCUCGCUCUGCUUGUGGCUACCACGAGCCACGCGCCGUCGACUCGACGCAGUCGUCCACUGGCGAUCCAGAGAAGACGCGUCGUGGGAAACGAAGCCCAGCCUGUUGUGUGUGUUGCAUUGUGGGUAUUGUGGAAUGCACCGCGUCACUCUGCACGGACCGCAGUGAAAGCGCACGGAGCUGCGAGUUUCGCCAAAUCGAUCAAAUCGAUCUUAGAGGUCCCCCGUCCACCCCUCCCCCACGCCCCACCACCCCACCCUAUCCCCCUCCUCCAUCCCGGGUCGUUAGCUGGUAGGGAUGUAACGAUUAAUCACUUUAUAACCGAAAUUAGAUUAAUAUGCUAACGGUAGCGUAUGAAUCGGUUAUAAUCGAUUAAUGUUGUGAUUCACGAAAACCAUUUGCGUACCGCUAUGGAUUCCAUACGCGGUGCUGCACGGGCAAAAACAAUAAUCGAUUCAUUAAUCGAAUCGUGAACGUGAAAUGAUUACCAAGCGUCACAUCCCUGCGGCUCGUCUCUCAGCUUGAGCACUUUAAUGAGCAAUGAGUCAACGAGUCAAACGGGAAUUCCCGUGAGGUCAUCUGGGGCUCACUGCAGCUGCACCGACGCGCGCCGUUCGCCCUGCAGCGGGACCGGUGUCUGCUCUCGACCAAUGGGCUCGCUUCCCUGCGCAGAGCCCUAACCCUAAUCCCUAACUCAGGGUAUUGUUCCACUGUACAAUCUUUGCGUUUUGUUUUACACGCCGCGGUUUGCUGGAGCCUGUGGAUAGAGAGAGACGCCUCGUGGUGCCAUUGAUCAUUCGCCGGUUUGUUGUGCACGCGAAUGAAGCGGUCUGCCGUCGUGGCGCGAUGGUGAGCCCACUGGACUCGCAAUCCACAGGUCGCCCGCUCCGUCUCCCUUGCGCGGCGGUGCGGUGGGGUGAAGUGUGGGCACUGGCACCGCUAUCCAAGGCGGUCUCGCCAGCGUGGAGGAGCAGGGCCAUAGCACGACCGCUUCCUCGAGUGGGGGGCCAUGCACCAGCGGUGGCGCGAGCGAUGCGUCAGGUGCAGGGCCGGCUGUGCCCCCUUUACCUUCAUACGAAUACGAUGAACAGUAGCACAAGACCCCGCCCCCCCGAAACGACUGGUAAUUGGACAGCCGUCACCACCCCGUCACUCGGUGAUCCGCCAACCCCACGUGGCUGUAGAUAUUUGUUUGAUUUGCCUCCCCCACGUUGGAGACGGCGGAGUUGCUGCUGGUAGCCCGGCCGUGACGACUCCGCGGGGACACGGGCACGAGGUUUUAAACAAAGUGAGACGCUCUUCCGUCGUGCUCAUUUGUUUUUAAACAAUGACACUUGUUUACAGAUGCGUUCACGUGAACUUUGUAUAGUCUAGCGGCAGAGGGGGGGGGGGGUGUAUUGUUAUUUUUAAAAACGAAUACCACUUUAUUGAACGUCAUGACGGCCAGUGGUUUAACUUUGGUUAGACUGGGCCCUGUCAUGCGAAUGUGUAAUUUCCACCACCGCUGGGCCGACUUCGCCUUGUGCAAUAUGAGCGGCUCGUGUGCGUGUUGGGAACAGAGAUUCGCGUGGUGUUUGCAAGAGUCUCUCUCUCAACUUUUGUCCGAGUUUUGAUCAAAUCGCGCCCCAUGUCUCACCAUCAGACGCGGGAUCAAUUGUAAAUAUCAAUUACAGCAGCAGCGGCAUUUUAUAUUCAAAGUUGAAAUUCGCGAAGAAAUUACACGAUUGGAAUUGACCACCAGGUCUGCCCAUCAGCACCGCCAUCAACUACAAGGAAGCGGAAAUUCGGCCCAGGUGAUGGUGAUGGUGGUGAUGAUGGUGGUUAUUAGGUUUGGCUAUUGAAGAUCAAACUGAGUCUAAGAUUUGUAACGCGCUGUAUUCAGAAAAAAAUAUAGAAUUAAUCCAAUUAAACUUAAACAGGAUACAAAAAAUUAAUCCGUUCUUUAAAAAACCGAUUGCGAUGUCACUGCUGACCGGACUCCAGUUGACAGAGACUGUUCCAGGCCACGGGGCUGGAGAUGGGCCCUCCCUUCUACUGAAGGUGACCACUUCGCCUUUAAAUGAAUCAGGAUCUCGCAGUCGAUGAAGUGAUCAUCGAACUCCAGUCCUUGCCAUCUCACCCCACGGUGCAGCGAUUCGUGCUUUACCGAGCAUCCGGCGCGUGCAGUAUGCGUAGUGCGACUUAGCUGGCCAAUGAAUGAUGUCGUUGAGUGGUGGUGUGGUAGGGCGCGCCGCGGUGGGGGUGGGGGGAGAAGUCGCUAGCCACUCGAGUUUGAGUAACUCUGCGCAGGACUUAAUGAUAUUUUAAGGAACGAUGUUAACGAUCUCUUAAUUAAGGAUAUCUUAACAAACUCUUAAUUAGUGAUCUCGUAAUGAGAUGCGUGGGAGGGUGGCCUGUCCCCUCCGUAUUGCCGCGCGGGGUCAAAACGAGGUCAAUUGUAUUUUCUUGCACAGUUUUAUCUUUGAGGAAGGCUACUGCGAUGGUUAAAUAAUAAAUAAA